AUGAACGCCACAGCGAGGCUAGCCGUGGAUAGCACGCUACUGGCCGAGGCGGCUUAUCGAUGGCCUGUAGUCGCGACGACGCUGCUUGCCUGUGCUUUUGCCUUGGUCUUACAGACAGCCUUCAAGACCACCCACCUGGCAGAUUUACCCCUAGUUGGGGCCGAAUAUGGAGGGAAAGAGAGCAGAAGGAAGAAAUUCAUGAAUGGAGAAGCAAAGAAUCUUUAUUUAGAUGGGUAUAAGAAGCGCAAUGUUCUAACAAUUCAUUCCGUAAAGUUCAAAGAGCGGGCCUUUCGGAUUACUACGGCAAGGAAAUCGACGAACAUCGUUGUAGCCCCUAAAUUCAUGGAUGAGCUGAAGAGGCUGCCUGAUGAUGUUCUAAGCUUUAACAAAGCCUUAGAGGAGGUAAGGGCUCACGAUUGUAUAGGGUGGCUUAACGCUGUUAUCUCAGAAGAAGUUGUUGAAGCUAUGCGGAUCGAGCUUCCACAGUCUUGUGAAUGGACUGAAGUCAAAAUUCUGGAUAAGUUGAUGCGUAUCGUUGGUAUGGUUUCCGGUCGUGUCUUCAUUGGACCCGAACUUUGUCGGAACGACACUUACCUUGAAGCUUCUGUCAACUAUACUGUCGACUUUAUGAGUGCGGUUCGUAAAGUCGCUUCUAUACCGCCGUAUCUGCGCCCUAUCUUAGCUUCAAGGACUUCUGAGGUCAAGAGAGUACGCAAGCGCAUAGCUGAAGCAGGCACGUUUUUAAACCCAGUUGUGACAGCAAGGCGAGAGGCUGCUGCGAACCCCGAUUACCAGAAGCCGGAUGACGUGCUUCAGUGGCUAUUAGAGUCACAAGAGAAGUUUGGCCAAAAGGACGACACGUACCUUGCGAAAUGUGAACUAAGCCUUAGCUUCGCCGCGAUCCACACAACGUCAACCACGACUACAAACGCACUAUAUACACUAUCAGCGAUGCCUGAAUUUGUUGCCGUCCUUCGCGAAGAUGUGCAACAAGCUUUGGCUGAGACUAAUGGGGUCUUCACCAGCAUUGCCAUGCAGAACAUGAAAAAGCUUGAUAGCUUCCUCAAGGAGUGUAUGAGACAUUACGCCUUGGGACCUGUGUCCUUCCAGCGGCAGGUUCUCAAGACCUUCACUCUCUCUAAUGGCCAGGUAAUCCCUGCAGGUACCGUAAUCGAAGUACCCUCUAUCGGCAUCUACACCGAUGAGGCGUUCUUUCCAGAUGCGGAUAAGUUCGAUCCCUUACGCUUCUACAAGUUACGUCAAGCAAAAAAAGAACAGAAAACGGGAUCCAAGCAAGCAGAGGUGGUCGCCAACUCUCAGUUUAUCAGCGUGGGCCAGACAAGCUUGACUUUUGGUUAUGGACGCCAUGCUUGCCCAGGUCGCUUCUUUGCCGUCAACGAAAUUAAGAUGAUUAUGGCGAAUUUGUUGUUGAAUUACGACUUUAUGAACGUAGGAGGAAGCAGAGAGAGGUAUCCCAACUUGGAAUCCGGAGCAAUGUCCUACCCUGAUCCCAACCGAGUGAUCUUGCUGAAGAAGUUGUAG